UGAAAUGCAUCAGGAAAAUGGACAAGUAGAACGUUAUUGCCGUACAGUUUUAAACAUGAUAAGAGUCGAAGUAAACUAUAACAAAAAUGAUUGGUCCAAAAUAUUAUGGAAACUUCAAUUAGUCUUAAAUAUCACUAAACAUAGGACUACACAAUAUUCAUCACUAAAUCUUCUUAUUGGCACUGAUUCUACUACACCUAUAAUACACUCUUUGAUUAAGGACAUAACUUGCGAGGGUUCGAACCCGAACCGUGAUGCAAUCCGCGAAAUAAGACGGCAACGUGCGGAAGAACUCAUUCGCGAAAAUAAAGAUAAACAAGAUUCUUACGUAAAUAAAAAUAGGAAACCGCCUAAAAAGUUUCAAGUUAAUGAUUUAGUUUACGUGAUUAAAAGCUCCCAGAGUACAGGAAAGUUGGAUAGUGGCAUGAGAGGUCCGUAUAAGGUUAUCAAGCUCCUCCCUAACGAUAGAUAUGAGGUCCAAUUAUUGGCUGGAGCUUAUGGAAAGACCAGUCAGGCAGCUGCCACGUACAUGGUGUUGUGGAAGGGUGAAUGGACACCCGAAACUUGUGCUGCAUUUUUUGAAGAAAUCGAGGAUGAUGACCAAGAACCGCCGUUAAACGUGGAGGGUGUUGCUGGACCAUCCUCAAGUUCUUGCUGAGGGCUUCGAGCACGCAGCCCCGUCAGGAGAAGCCGUAUUAGAGGAAAAAUCUAACCAAAAAUGGCAACACUAUAAAAGGAGGGUGCCUGGUGACACUCGCCCAUUUGCUCAUCGGUCGUCGUAGAGUGCGGAAGCUCUGUCCGAAUUAUUAGCGAUCGUCGUUAUUUUGAAUUACCCUAAAAUUAUAAUUUUCUUUCUUUAUUUAAUUUGUACGGCCGGUGGCCGAUUAAAUCUUUUUAAAAAACCAUUCUGUGUUUCUAUUUGUAACAAUAUAU